UGUGUGUGUGUGUGUCUCAACGUUGCAUGAGAUGUGUCUCCUCUAAAGCAAAGACACUCAGACUAACGGGAGAUGUGCUGAUCAACGGGUUUUUUUUUUUUUUUCCUGAUUGAAAGUUUUUGUUUGUGUCGCCUCGGUGUUGUUGUCUGUGUAUUAAAACAUUCCGCUAAUAUUUAUCACAGCCGCCGACUUCGUUUCUGCCAAAGAGUGUCCGCUUCCCCUCCCCUCGAUGAAGCGCUGCGAUGCCCUCUGAUUUCAUAGCCCUCCUUAGCUCGGAUCUCGACCUCAAUUCCCCCAAAUCUCUAUACUCAAAAGAGUCGGUAUAUGACCUCCUCCCCAAAGAGCUCCAGCUCCAGCCGUCGUCCACCCAGACAGACCCACCCACCAUGAGCCAGAAGAGCGGGGGAGAGGCGGGACCUCCCCCCUCUGCAGCAUUGGCUUCAGAUGCCACCUCUUCCACCUCCAGCCCCUCUCCCUCUUCGUCCUUGGCCAUGGGAGCCCCAUCCACUGGCUCCUCUACCUCAUCCUCAGACCAUCUCAAGGGUCCCCAGCAUCUCCACUCCACCGGAGGGGAUGGAGCUGGACCUUCAGAGGUUCAAGGUAUGGAGGGUGCUGUAUCUGCCCCCAGCAGAGGCAACAGUGGAGCAAACACUGCAGCAGGAGACAUAGGGUCAGGAGCGUUGUCAGGGCUAGGAGUCCAGCAGCCUCAGAACACCCCAUCAAAACGGAGGCCUGUGUUGAGCAUAUCCCCGCCACCCGAGGACCUUUUUGACGACAGCCAGAUGUCUUGCCAAGACGAGCCUGCAGUAUCCGGUCCAACAGGUCCAGACUCAGAGCAUAGCAGCAGCAUGUGGGCUGACGACUCCGUCUCCAACUUCAGCUUGAUCAGCUCCGUCUCCUACAACGACAACACGGAGGUGCCACGCAAGUCCAGGAAACGCACCCCUCGCCAACGGCCUGGGCCCAAGCCCGCUCCACCGGAGGACAGCAUGGAUGUGUUUGAUGCUGACAGCGCCAAGGCCCCUCACUUUGUCCUCUCCCAGCUGGGCACAGACAAGAACAGUCCCAUAGCCAGCUCUCUUGAGUCAGGAUCUGCAUUAAAGAGCGGGUCAUUGUCAACUCAGUACCCCCAGAGGAGUGAUGGGAAAGAUCUGAAGAUCCUGGUGCAGCCAGAGACCCAGCACAGAGCUCGCUACUUGACAGAGGGCAGCAGAGGUUCUGUCAAAGACCGCACACAGCAGGGAUUCCCCACCAUCAAGUUGGAAGGUGUGAGUGAACCAGUUGUGCUGCAGGUGUUUGUAGCCAAUGAUGCAGGCAGAGUGAAGCCUCACGGUUUCUACCAGGCCUGCAGAGUGACGGGACGCAACACCACGGCCUGCAAGGAGGUGGACAUAGAGGGCACCACUGUCAUUGAGAUUCCUCUGGAGCCCAGCAAUGAGAUGACACUCGCGGUGGACCGUGUAGGAAUUUUGAAGCUGCGCAAUGCAGAUGUGGAGGCCCGUAUUGGUGUGGCAGGGUCCAAGAAGAAGAGCACACGAGCCAGGCUGGCCUUCAGAGUCAACAUCCCCCAACCUGAUGGAUCAGUACUCACUCUACAGGUCGCCUCAUCUCCCAUCCUCUGCACCCAGCCAGCAGGAGUGCCAGAGAUCCUGAAGAAGAGUCUCCACAGCUGCUCAGUGAGAGGAGGAGAGGAAGUUUUUAUCAUCGGAAAGAACUUCCUCAAAGGAACCAAAGUUAUUUUUCAGGAGAAUAUUGCAGAUGAUAAUUCCUGGCAUGCUGAGGCAAAGAUUGACAUGGACCUUUUCCAUCAGAACCAUUUGAUAGUGACAGUCCCGCCGUUCCACAACCAGUCAAUCACUUCUCCUGUUUCUGUGGGACUCUUCGUGAUGACCAAUGCUGGUAGAUCACAUGACGCCCAGCCCUUCACCUAUACUCCGGACUCAGCUGAUAACUCAGAUGUCCGGACAGUAAAAACAGAGGGGCCCUCCCUGGUCAAGACGUGUAUAUUUGAUGGCCAGAUCAAAUCUUUAUCAUCUGAGCAAACCGACAGCUCUGCUCCGCCUUCCAAACGGCAAGAGGACACACCAAUGGAAGUGUCUAGUAAUUCACUGUGCGCUGAUGUCUUCAAGCAAUCCCCUGACCCUCUUGUCACGGUGCAGCAGACUCUGGAGCUCAGCUCUAGUCCUCAUCCAGGUGGAGAGACCUUUCAGAGCCCGAUGCCCCUACAACCUGAAGAUGUGGAGCUUGCUCAGGCUCCCCCUGUCUUCCCCAGCCUAGAGUCUCUCAGCACCAUACAAAAGCAGGACAUUGCCCCAACGACCUCCUUUCCAGUGCCGGGCGAUACUACAAUCCCCCCUGUGACACCAGAAGUCCCCCAGCAAUUCCUCCGAGAUCCUCAGGACAGCAUACCUCCUGAGAGCUCCAAUAAUAGUGGAGGGGUGGUAGUUGUGGCCAUGCCCCAGAUAGCGACUCCCUCUCAGCCCCAGACCCAACAGUCACAGGUUACCCUGUUCCCCCAGGAAGAGGUGGCCCAGCUGGAGAGGGCAGUGAGGGAGCUACAGGCCGGAGGUAACACCACGCUCCAGCAGGUGUUUGAGGCGGCUGUAGCCCAGCAGCAGCUCAACUCUGUGCUCUACAGCCCCACCCCCUCUGCAGAAUCCCUUCAACAGCAUGUCCAGGAGAACAUGAAUAGCCUUAGACUGGGAACCACAGAUAAUUCACUUUCAACUCAGCAACAGCUACAGAUGCAACAGCAACAUCAGUUACAGCAACAGCAGAUACAACAGCAACAGCAUAUACAACAACAACAGCAGAUACAGCAGCAACAACAGCUACAACAACAACAACAGAUGCAACAACAGCAGCAACAGCAGAUGCAACAGCAACAACAGAUACAACAACAGUUUCAACAGCAUCAACAACUGCAGCAACAACAGCAAAUCCUUGGUAACCUGCAGCAUCAACAGCAGCAGCAACACUUGCAGCAACACCAACAGCAGCAAGUUCUUGGCAACAUGCAGAUCCAACAGCAACUUAUAUUACAGCCACAAGACCAGCAGCAGCAAAUCAUGGAGAAUAUUCAACAGCAACAACAACAACAGUUGCAACAAAGUCAGACACAACAAGUCCUUAGCAACAUCCAACUUCAGGAUCAGCAACAACAAAAUCAAAUACUUACCAAUUUACAACAACAUCAGCUACAGCAGCAGCAACAACAACAGCAACAGCAGCAGCAAAAUCAAGCGUUGAGCAACCUGCAACAACUGCAAGAGCAGCAGGUGUUGGAGAAUUUACAGCAGCAUCUUCAAGCUGAGUUGCUUCAACCCCAGAUCCACUCCUCCACCCAAGUACAGCAGCCGGUGUCCCUCCUUCAGCAGGCCGGAGAGCUGCUCACCAUUCAGACCAGCUUCCCCACACAGCCUCCAUCACACACAUCUCCCCCACAACAGCUCUUUCAGUCGCCCAGGCCCCUGGCUGAGACCCAGGGCUCCCAACAGCAGGUCCAGGCGGCCCUGCUCCAGAACACGCUGACCGUUCUGACUGGUGGCAGCCUCAACUCAGAGCAGCAGCCUACUGGGCCGACCCUAUACCUGUCCCCAAACCCUCAGCCCCAACAACAGCAACAGCAGCUGGCAUUCAUCUCCUCCAUGGAGACGUCCAACGGUCAGCCCCAGUCCGUUGCAAUGUUCCAGAACCAACCCCAAGCUCAGCUUUCCCAAAUGCAGCAACAGAGCACCCCCAUGGAGCAGCAGCAGUCUCCACAACAGAACCAACAACAGCCGCCACAGCUUCCAAUGGGCCAGCAGAGCUCCUUGUUCCAAAGUAUCCCAAACCACUCGCAGGCUAACCCUGGCCCCCAGGGCCAGCUUUCCCAACCCCAACAGACCGGUCUCCUCCUCUGCACCACAGAUCUUAACCCGCAGGCUAUCCCCCCAACAAUUCUCUUCAGUACCCAGACCCAAGGCCCUUCAUCUAUGGGCAGCAUUGGCGUUGGAAUCCAACAGCCAGACCCAGCAGAGCCCAUGUCCUUCCAAGACCAGAGCUCUUCGGGCAGCAACUCAACAUCCACUGAGAACCAACAGCAGAGCCUGUUCCAGGAACAGCAGCCAAUGCAAGUGGGCCCGAGUUCCAUCAGCAUCCAGAGCACUCAACCUGUGGAGCUGUUCUUGCCACAGACAUCUCUGUCCAGCUUGCAGGGCACAAUUGGCUCACAGGAGCUGAACAACCAGGCUCCGGCCCCUGGCACAACCAUCUUUGUGGUACAGGGGGGUGUGGGUGUGGUAGCCAACCCUGGCCAGCAGCCCCCGGAGCAGCUUUUCCAGACAACAGUGGGUGGGAAUGUGGCGCCACAAGGACAGGCCAAUCUGUUUGUGUUUGGCAUCCAGAAUGACUCACCCCAGCUGCUCAGUUCCUCUGGACCCGCCCUGCCAGCUCAGGGCCAGCCCCAGAACUCCAGUCACAUGCAGCCUCUGAUGGACCAGCCCAUGGCCCAAGCUGCCUCCACCAUGCAGACCACCAUGCACAGCAACUUACAGAACACCCUUCAGGCACAGAUGCAGUCCAGCUUAGAGAACGCCUUGCAGACCAGCCUACAGAAUGCGAUGCGAGCAAACACACAACCGGGUCUGCAGUCCGGUUUACAGGCAACCAUAGAAACAAGCCUGCCAACUCCGAUGCAGACCAAUCUACAGACACAGAUACAGAACAGCUUACAGAAUCAAUUGCAGGCAUCAAUAUCUGCAUCGUCCAACAUGGAUAAAAUUUAGGACCUACUGGAAAGUCUACAGAAACAGUGAUUAGGAUUGGACCAUGUGGGCACUAAGGACAGUGAGUGAUAUGUAGCCGAGAGUUUAACAUCCUAACAUCAUAAAAACAGAACGGGGGUGUGUGAUGUUUUGUGUCAAGGCCACAAAACUUAGAAACUUUAAAUAUGUGAGAUUUAAAUGCCCCUUUUACCUAAAACCCAAAUUAUGAGCUCAUGUUACUCCUUGUUUUUAUGGAAUAUUUAUAAUUAAUUAUAGCCUUUGUACGUCCAUUGUCCUUGAAUUGAAGAAUCCGCCUUUGUUAUUACCCCUCUUGCAGGAUCAGAGAGGCCUGUAAUAACUGCUUUAUCCAUCAGUCUCAGAAAUGCAGUGUUUUGUUUUUAGUGUUUUAAUAAUGUGAACCUAAGAGAUGAUGAUAAUGAUGAUAAUGAUGAUGUGAUUUAAAAAAAAAACCUGCCAGGUUUGGUGGAAAAACUGGAAAGUGAUAAAGAAUGUCAGCGACAAGGCAACAGGGGAAUAGUAAUGUGAUGGAGAUGAGUCUGUAAGAGGAGGCAGAGUGGAUAAAACAGCCAGGAGCGAGUAUCCGGUUGCACAUAAGUGUCAGAUAAAGGCUGAAUCUUAUUUUGUGAGUGUGUAAACUCCACGCCUUCACUUCACUCUGAGAGGCAGUCUGUGAGAUGCGUCUUUGUUCGUUCAUCAUGUGGAGAUGGGGGACAUCACCUGGCUUAAAAGCAGGGAUUAAAUGAUGUCACCACUCAAUUUAAACUAUUGACAUGGAUAUGCAUACGUCAACAAUUUGACUAAAAUCUACUCUAAGAGUAAAGACUAUUAAAUUAAGUACAUUUGUAGAAUGUUUAGCCUCAAUCAUGUAUCAGUAUGAUCCUUUGCAGACGCUAUCAGAAGUGUUCCAAUAUUGACCAACUCUAAAAAACAUAAUUCACACACCAAAAUGUGUAUCAAUACGUUCUGGUGUUACAGGGGAUUCCCCCAUGUGCAGAAAGAAGGGGGACUAAUGAAACACUCACAAAUGAGAUUGACCCUUGUGAAUCAUGUUACUUGCCUUUUUGAUUUGGCAUCUCCCAGUGUUUUCAUAGGUUAAGGCCUCAUUGCUGGGUUUGUAGAAGCUCUCUUGGUGAAAUUUUAAGAAGCAUUCAACUAUAUAAUGUGUGUAUCUUUUGUUUUGUUUUGUUUUGAAGAAGUUGGUAACCUUUACCACUUUAAUGUGGAUAGAAAGAAACUUUCCACUAGUGAAAAUGGAGUGUUGUGUGGUUUUAUAAACGUUUUAUCUCAAGCACUUUAUAACCUCUAGCUAAUCCUUAUAUCUGUCCACAGCUCCCUACUGACCCAGCUGAAUUUGUACUUGGAAACGUCCAGUUAAAAAACGAAAAUAACACACAGCAGUUAUCUUUGUAAAGGUAAAUACAUCGUUACCCAGCAUUUUUACAUUUUCUCAUGUCUGAAUACUCAUGAGGUUUAGGACAACUUUGUAUAGAAUGUCUACUCACUGUUGAAUUCCUCUUUGUAUUCAGUCUCAGUGGUCCAGUCAAGUCUGUCUAAACAAACAGCCAUUCCCACAAAAGCAUUGUCAUUUUUCAGUGUUGGAGUGGUAAGUAGGCCUUUGUGUUUUUCACACUGACAAAACACCCAAAAUAUUCAAUGAUUCAUUUAGUUUGUGCAUUGAAAUGAAGGAUUAUUCAUCGUAUUUCUAUUUGUACUAUUUACUGUUCAAUCUGUCACUUGAGACUGUUUUAUCUUGUGUUGUGUUAGAUAUUUUAGUUUUCGUCUCAGUGUUGGUACCGUGUGCUGGUCGGCGCCAUGUGAAGUUGGCUUCCAGUAACCGUCCCUUGUGUUGUGAACAGGGGUUGACUGGUAAAUGAGGUCUCUGUUACACAGGGGCUGCCAUUUUGGUUCUAUCUAUGGUGCUAUGUGUGGGAGGCCAAUUUUUUUUUUUUUUUUUUUU